CUGCGCCCAUCGUCCCCGCUGCCGGCGACGAGGCCUCACGUCGUCGCCAAACCCCCGCUAGGCUCCCCCUUCGUUGAUGGUCAACAGCAACCAUGACCGAUAUCAGUUCUUUCGAGUCGGCAUUGAAAGCCAUAGUGCAGGCCAAGCACCUAUCUGCGUCGAAGAUGCAGAAGCUGACUGCAGACGCGAUGCAGUUGCUAGAGCACGACGCUCAGCUGGUCUCUAUUCUCGCUCGCACCCAUAAAUCUCUGUCGGGCUCCCACAAGAUCUUCAGCCUCUACGUGAUUGACUCUGUUGCUCGUGCUGCGCGUUCAAAAGCGAAGAAAGAUGGCUCUGCUGGCUCCAGCUCCUCUGGCGGCAACGCGUCCUCGUUUCUCACGAAGCUUCAAACCGUGCUCAAUGAAGUCUUCCGCGAGAUGGUCUCCGGCGGUGUUCCUGAAGGCAAGGAGAAGGCAAACAAAGUCCUUGAUAUAUGGUCCAAGGGGAAUACCUUCCCGACGUCAGUGCUGUCGGGAUUGAUGGCUACGGUCUCAGCGAACCCAAAAGAAUCCGACGUAGCCAAGUCGAGCGAUCCGCGAAUACGUAGCGCUAGCACGCCGACCGGCCACACCCCGCCGAACGCACCGCUGGCGCCGUCGGUGCAGGCAAAUGCAGCCAGCGCGUCGACGCCGCCUGUCCAAGCCACACCGGCGCCGGCAGCGGCCGAUGCACAGGCUGCACUGCUUGCACUGCUGACGCAAGCGGCUGCAGCAAAGCAACAGCCUUCAACACAAACACCGACAAAUAACACGCCGCCUGGACAAGCACCACAACUCGGUGCAGCACUACUACAACAGCUCGGUCUUGCCGCACAACCCAACAGUAUACCUUCGCAGCCCUUCCAGCAACCCCAACCAGGUUUCAAUGGCCCAAAUGGUGCUUACCCGUAUGCUAGUACUUCCCAGUCACCUCCUUAUGAGGGAAACGGCCCGUACGGACGGCGAGAAUAUGUGCAGGGCCAGCCCCGAAGCCCCAAUGACGGAGGGCGACCGUACGAAGGUUACCCGCAUAACGACCGUGGCGGCGGUCGCGGUCGCGGCUUCAGAGGCGGGUUCCGCGUUCGCGGACGCGGUGAGGGCAGGGGUGGUCGGUGGGAAGACCGGAGCCGGCCCCGGGACUGGAACGCGCCCCGGCGAAGCAGCCGCUCGCGUAGCCCGCCCAGUAGAUACGGUGGUGGCGGUAGUGGUGGCCGCGGACGCGACGUGAGGCCGUACAGCCCGCCUCACCGGCCGUCCCUCCCACAGCGCUCGCCCAGCCCGAGAUCGCGCGACCCGCGGGUGGCGACGCCGGAGACGGGCAAGGACGAGUUCGGGCGGGAUAUCCGGUCGCCGACGCCUGUGCCGGCCAGCGCGACGACGACGGCGAGUAGUCAGGAUGGUAUGGAGGGCGUAGUUGCGACGUCGCCCGCGCCAGCGUCGGGGCCGCAGCCCAUAUCCACCGUGCCCAUGUCCCCGUCCGUACCUGCGAAUAUACCGUCUGCCCCGGCGCCCCCACAGCCGCAGCCGCAGCCUCAUCUCGCACAACCUCAGCCUCAGCUCACUCAACCUCAGCCCCAGGUCGCUCAGCCUACGCUUGCACAAACUCCUUCCCAACCCGCACAACCUACCCAACCGCAACCACAACCACAACUAGGCAUCGACUCCUUCGACCCCACCACCUUCGACUUCAGGGCUCCCGAGUCCUGGGCGGCCUUGGGGCAGCUGUGGCAGACGACGUACGGGUUCACGCCGUCGGGGGAGGUGCUGAUGCAGUUUGUGGUGGAGAAGCAGUCGGAGUGGCUUGCCGCUGGCGGGAUGGGGAUGGGUGGGAUGGGUAUGGGUAUGGGUACGGGUCAGCAAGCGAUGGGUAUGGGUAUGGGUCAGGGUGGGAUGGGCCAAGGGAUGGGACAGGGAGGGAUGGGUAUGGGCAUGGGUCAGGGCGCGAUGGCCAUGGGUGGGGCAGAUAUGGGUGGUUGGCGUGGCGGCGCACGCGGGGGAAGAGGCGGCUUCCGCGGGCGCGGGAAUGGCCGAGGGAAUUUUUCGCAUAAUGGCCAGGCUGGCUUCUCGCAUGGCGGUCAAACUGGCUUCUCGCAUAACGGCCAAACAGGCUUCGCGCGCAACGCGGCAGGGCAGUUCACGCAUAGCGCGGCAGGGCAGAGUACGGACGCUAUCGUGCUCGGCGGGGACGAUGGGGACAGCAGCCCACCUCAGGCUGAGGCGUCAGCCGCCUCGCCGACAUCGGGAGGUGGCGGACCGGGGGGCAGGAUGCAGAAAGUGGGCGACAAAUGGAUGUUUGUACGGCAGCCGGCAGCUGCGUGA